AACAGCAUCCAAUUUAAUGUUAUUCUGUUCUUACAGAGCAUAAAAUACUUUCGAAUGGCGUGGAGAGAGAUUAGAAGAAAGGGUAUCCCUUCCAAUCUCAUAAAAGCUUUGAAUUCUACCACUCCAGGCGAUGGAGUGCGAUUGGUAUCUGCUAUAAUCGGGAGCCUUCCAGAGUUCUAUGUUAGUUCAACAUGCCAAGAUACUGUAAAUGGCAUAAAUUUGGCCAAACAACAACUAAAGCUUAUUCGGUGUUUUCAUGCAAGCCCACAGCCAUUGGCAAGGAGAAGAAAUGAUGAACAAUAUGGUCUAAAAGCUCCCAAGAAAGAGAAGUUUGUGAAAAAGGAAAAUAGAUCCCAACCACCUGUUGAAGCUCCAUAUGUACCUCCAAAACCAAAGAAAACAGCAAAAUCCUUGCCUGAUAGAACAAUUGACAUCUUUGAAGGCAUGACUAUUGUCGAGCUUGCCAAGCGUACUGGUGGAUCAGUACCUUCAUUGCAAGAUAUACUCAUUAAUGUUGGAGAAAAAGUUGACUCUGAGUUUGAUCCUGUCAGCAUCGAUAUUGCGGAACUGGUUGCAAUGGAAGUCGGAGUCAAUGUAAGAAGGCUACAUUCAAAUGAAGGUGCAGAAGUCCAACCACGACCUGCAGUUGUGACAGUUAUGGGUCAUGUUGAUCAUGGUAAAACCUCUCUCUUAGAUGCCCUACGACAAACCUCUGUGGCAGCCAAGGAAGCUGGAGGUAUAACUCAACAUCUGGGAGCAUUUGUAAUUGAGAUGCCAUCUGGAGCAUCAAUUACAUUCCUUGACACACCGGGCCAUGCUGCAUUUAGUGCGAUGCGGGCAAGAGGUGCAGCAGUCACAGAUAUAGUUGUGCUUGUUGUAGCAGCUGAUGAUGGUGUAAUGCCCCAAACUCUUGAAGCAAUGUCCCAUGCAAAAGCAGCUAAUGUUCCGGUAGUGGUUGCAGUCAACAAAUGUGAUAAGCCAGCUGCAGACCCAGAACGAGUACGAAUGCAACUUGGCGCAGAGGGCUUGCCACUGGAGGAGAUGGGAGGAGAUGUUCAGGUAGUUGAAGUUUCAGCAGUGCUGAAGACGGGAUUAGAUAAACUGGAGGAAGCAUUACUUCUCCAGGCGGAGUUGAUGGAUCUGAAAUCACGUGUUGAUGGGCCUGCUCAAGCAUAUGUAGUGGAGGCAAGGCUUGAUCGUGGACGAGGCCCUUUGGCUACUGCAAUUGUGAAGGCAGGGACCUUGCUAUGCGGGCAAUAUGUGGUUGCGGGGGCAGAGUGGGGAAGGAUAAGGGCUAUUAGGGAUAUGGUGGGAAGGGUGACAGAGAGGGCACGGCCUGCUAUGCCUAUUGAAAUUGAAGGCCUUAGAGGGCUUCCGAUGGCUGGUGAUGAUAUUAUUGUUGUGGAUUCAGAGGAAAGAGCAAGAAUGCUUAGUGAGGGAAGGAAAAAGAAAAUGGAGAAAGAUAGGCUUAAAAAGAUUGAUGAAGAGAGGGUAGAAGUUCCUGAUGCAUCAGAAGAGGUGCCUGAAAGAGUUGAGAUGCCAGUGAUUAUUAAAGCAGAUGUGCAGGGUACUGUCCAAGCAGUCACUGAUGCAUUGAAGAGUCUAAAUAGUCCUCAGGUUUUUGUCAAUAUAAUACAUAUUGGAGUUGGCCCAAUCUCUCAGUCUGAUGUGGACUUGGCACAAGCUUGUGGUGCAUGCAUUGUUGGGUUCAAUAUAAAGAAUCCACCCAGUUCUGUCAGUCUUGCAGCAAAUCGAGCCAAUAUUAAGAUAAUGGUGCACCGUGUGAUCUAUCAUCUUUUGGAGGAUGUGGGCAAUCUGAUUGUCACAAAAGCCCCAGGAACUCUUGAGACACAGGUUGCAGGGGAGGCCCAGGUGUUGAAUAUCUUUGAGCUGAAAGGCAGGAGCAAAGCCAAAGGUGAUGAUGUGAAGAUUGCAGGCUGCCGGGUGCUAGAUGGUCAUUUCACCAAGUCAUCAACUAUGAGACUGUUGAGGAGCGGGGAGGUUGUUUUUGAAGGGUGCUGUGAGUCACUGAAGCGGGAAAAGCAGGAUGUGGAGACUGUUGGGAAGGGUUUGGAAUGUGGUCUGGUGAUACGCGAUUGUGAUGAUUUCCAGGUUGGAGACGUCAUCCAGUGCUUGGAGCAAGUUAACAGGAAACCCAAAUUUAUUUCAUCAGAAAGUGGGGCUGUUCGGAUUGAGUGCUGAUUAUGCAUUGCCACAAUGGUUAUAUGUCUUUUUGGUUAUACAAGGCCGAAAAGUUAUCUUUGCUUAAUUUAAACAUGGACCACCCUUGCAUUGUCUGAUAUCUUGGAAAACAGAUUACAGAUGGGGGACGAUGUUGUUACAGUUCCUCAGAUGUUGUAGAUCGAGAGGUAUAUAUUCAGUCCUGACAUUUUGUUCAAGGUUCUGGU